AUGGAGGUUGACGGCGGAGCUGGUGGAGGCGGAGGCGGAGCUGGGGAUGUGGAGGGCGGAGGUGGCAGUGGAGCGGCCGGAGGAGCGCAGCUGGCCUCGUCACCGGCGACCGUGUUCCGGAUCCGCCUCAAGCAGCCCCCUGCAAGCCUCAAGUACAAGAUGCGCGUGCCCGAGCUGUGCAGGAACUUCAGCGCUGUUGCUUGGUGUGGGAAACUGAACGCAAUUGCAUGUGCAUCAGAGACUUGUGCGCGGAUUCCAAGCUCUAAUUCAAGUCCACCAUUUUGGAUUCCUAUACACAUUCUGAAUCCAGAGAGACCAACAGAAUGUUCUGUUUUCAAUGUUAGAGCAGAUUCUCCACGAGACUUUGUUCAGUUCAUUGAAUGGUCUCCUACGUCAUGCCCACGUUCAUUAUUAGUGGCAAAUUUUCAUGGGAGGAUUACUAUAUGGACACAACCAACUAAGGGUCCUGUUAAUCUUGUACGUGACUCCAGCUCCUGGCAGUGUGAACAUGAAUGGCGUCAAGAUCUCUCUGUGGUUACCAAAUGGCUAUCUGGAAUUUCUCCGUAUAGAUGGCUUCCUGCAAACUCCAGCACUUCGAACUUAAAAACCUUUGAGGAAAAAUUCCUUACGCAGCACCCUCAGAAUUCAGCAGGAUGGCCAAAUGUGCUAUGCGUUUGUUCUGUAUUUUCAUCAGGGUCUGUUCAGCUUCACUGGUCACAGUGGCCUCCUCAAAACUCAGCACAACCUAGAUGGUUCUCUACCAGCAAAGGGCUUCUUGGGGCAGGCCCCAGCGGCAUAAUGGCUGCUGAUGCCAUUAUUACCGAGUCUGGAGCUUUACAUGUUGCUGGUGUUCCCCUUGUUAAUCCAUCUACUGUAGUGGUUUGGGAGGUGAUGCCAGGUCUUGGUAAUGGCAUUCAGGCAACUGCGAAGAUAAAUGCAACAAGCCCUCUUCCUCCAUCUCUGAACCCCCCUUCCUGGUCUGGUUUUGCUCCAUUAGCAGCUUAUCUCUUUUCUUUGCAAGACUACCUUGUGUCUGAGGCUGCACAAACAAGAAAACAGAUAGAUAAUGAGAUCACUGAAGCCGCAUCGAUCCAUUGUUGUCCGGUUUCCAAUUUUUCAGCUUAUGUCAGUCCUGAAGCUGCUGCCCAGUCAGCAACUACUACAACAUGGGGAUCUGGGGUUACUUCAGUUGCUUUUGAUCCCACUCGAGGAGGAGGAGUAAUUACAGUUGUAAUAGUUGAAGGGCAGUAUAUGUCUCCUUAUGACCCUGAUGAAGGACCUUCCAUCACUGGCUGGAGAGUCCAAUGCUGGGAAUCUUCGCUUCAACCUGUUGUUCUUCACCCAAUAUUUGGAAGCCCCUCUAGCUUUGGUGGGCAGCCUCCAAUGCAAACUGUUUGGUCCACUAGAGUUAACAAGAGCAUUGCACCAACAGAGGACCUUAAAAACCCUCAAGCGUAUGUUCCAAUGCCAACAACUUCAGAUGAACGGAGCUCUUCUGAGUGCAGUGUUGACAGGGCAAACAGACUUAGUUUUGACCCUUAUGAUCUUCCAAAUGAUGUAAGACAGCUGGCUCAAAUAGUUUAUUCUGCACAUGGUGGUGAAGUUGCUGUUGCCUUCCUGCGCGGAGGGGUGCACAUUUUCUCGGGCCCAAAUUUUGAUCAGGUUGACAGCUAUCAUGUCAACGUUGGCUCAUCAAUUGCUCCACCAGCCUUCUCCUCUAGCAGUUGUUGCUUGGCAUCAGUAUGGCAUGACACACUCAAAGAUCGAACCAUACUAAAGAUAAUACGAGUGCUUCCUCCUGCAAUUCUUAAUGUUCAGACAAAGUUGCGUUUUGUUGGCAGAUUUUGGUGGAGCUUGAUGGCUGGUGUGGAUUGGUGGGAUGCUGUCGGUUGCACACAGAGUGCUGCUGAAGAUGGUAUUGUCUCACUUAACAGUGUGAUAGCUCUGCUGGAUACGGACUUCCAUUGUCUUCCAACAAUGCAACAGAGGCAGCAACACUGUCCUAACCUUGAUAGGAUAAAGUGUAGGUUGUUGGAAGGAACUAAUGCUCAAGACGUAAGAGCACUUGUGUUGGACAUGCAAGCAAGAUUGCUUCUGGAUAUGCUAGGCAAGGGAAUAGAGUCUGCGCUGAUAAAUCCAUCAACCCUGCUACCUGAACCCUGGCAAGCUUCUAGUGAAUUGUUGUCUAACAUUGAGCCUGACAAAAUGACGGUUGACCCGGCUCUACUUCCAAGCAUCCAGGGUUAUGUUGACGCUGUUCUAGAUUUAGCAUCACAUUUCAUCACACGCUUGCGGCGUUAUGCAAGCUUCUGCCGGACUUUGGCUAGUCAUGCUGUAGGAGCAUCUUCUAGUUCAGGCAAUUCAAGGAAUAUGGUUACUAGUCCAACCAACAAUUCUCCGUCGCCGUCAAAUAAUCAAGGUAAUCAAGGUGGAGUAGCAUCUGCGACAGGGAGCUCACAAAUGCAGGAGUGGGUCCAAGGUGCCAUUGCUAAGAUUAGUAACAAUGCUGAUGGCGCUGCCAAUGCCGCACCAAAUCCAGUUAGUGGGAGGUCAUCAUUUAUUCCUAUAAGCAUCAACACAGGGACUUUUCCCGGGACACCUGCUGUCAGGCUUAUUGGAGACUGCCAUUUCCUUCAUAGAUUAUGCCAGUUGCUGCUAUUUUGUUUGCUUUUUCGGAGGAGGCAAUCACCAAGAUUACUCGCAAAUGCACAAAAAAAUCCUGAUUCUGCCAUGCAGAAAAUACAGCAAUUGAUGAACAGUAAGAUAGAGGACAGUAGUUCUGCUAUUUCUGCUGUAAGAUCUGGUCUAGGGGCUGCCAAAGUGGAAGAUGGUGCAGCUACACGUGGACAGUUGGUUCUUGGAGCAAAGGGUCUUGAAGAAAAUCCAAUGGGCAAAUCUGUUAGAAUUGGUUCUGGCAAUGCUGGCCAGGGCUACACGUCGGAUGAGGUGAAGGUUCUAUUUCUCAUAUUGGUUGACCUUUGUCGAAGGACAUCAGGCUUGCAACACCCAUUGCCUGUUUCUCAGGUUGGUACUAGCAACAUAAUUAUAAGGCUGCACUUCAUCGACGGCACUUACACUGUGCUCCCUGAGGUAGUGGAAGCAUCUCUUGGUCCCCAUAUGCAGAAUAUGCCGCGUCCACGGGGAGCUGAUGCUGCUGGUCUUUUACUUCGAGAAUUGGAACUGCAACCUCCUUCUGAAGAAUGGCAUAGGCGCAACAUGUUUGGAGGACCCUGGUCAGAACCAGAUGAUCUCGGUCCAUUGGAUAAUAUGCCACAUCUGAAAAUAGGUGGUCAUAUCAACCCUCACUUGUCUGACAUGGAAGAGGAGGGUAAAACUAACUUUGGGAUUCAAAGUCUUUGGCCAAGAAAGCGCCGGUUGUCUGAAAGAGAUGCAGCAUUUGGUCUGAAAACAUCUGUAGGUCUUGGAGCUUAUCUUGGCGUGAUGGGGUCUCGACGAGAUGUCAUCACAGCCGUGUGGAAAACAGGACUUGAUGGUGAAUGGUAUAAGUGCAUACGAUGUUUGCGGCAAACUUGUGCAUUUGCACAACCUGGUGCCCCAAACAUGGCAAAUGAACGGGAGGCGUGGUGGAUCAGCCGGUGGACCCAAGCAUGUCCAAUGUGUGAUGAGACGGAAGCUGCAGUUGUCACUACCCAGUUCCUUGGCAUCGGCGAUCUAUUUGGGGGAGACAUUCUGCAGCUACAUCAGCAUCAACAACAGCUCCGGCUUGGAAGCCAGGGAAGUCAUAAUCAAGCCUUACUUCUUGUCGGUGUGGUCAUGACCAAACUUAUUGCUGCAGUCAUUACCAAAGAUAGCCUUAGUUCUCAUUGCUGCAUCCAUGACCUAUCGUUAAGGCUUGUCUGUACUGCUUUAUAUAACGAUGGUGAUGCGGAGCGUAAAUAUCUUCCUCAGUUCUUCAAGUUCACUGUUUCAAACCCAUUGUCUGUUCGAACAAAGGUCAAAUCAAUAAUUUGGGUUUCACCAUUUUUUUUCCAGGUUCGCACCAUCAAGGAUACUACAUAUCUGGAAGCCUGCAUAGAGAAUCAUACAAAAUCUAACCUUUACAUGGAUCAAGUAGAUUUUGAACCUGCCCAACAGUGGAGCGCUACAAUACUGGAAGCUGAUGAACACCCCUCAGUGGUGAAGUCUACAAUACGGGACCUCUGCAAACAACCAAUUCUGAUUAGAGCGGCAGGAGGAAUAUACAAUUACCUAUAUCAGCUCAGACCAUCGUCCGAUGAGCCUGGUCAAAUCAAGACAGAGGGUAGCAGCAUACUUGGUAAAUUUCAGAUUACAUGGCGGACAAAUCUUGGUGAACCAGGCCGCCUGCAAACUCAGAACAUUCAUAGCACUCCUACUCCAAGCAAAGAUGUUGACCUUCGUGCCGUGAAAAUUCCACCUGUUAUAUUUCUAGAAAGACCAUUUAUGGUCAAUCUAUGCCUUACAAAUCAAACAGAGAAAACAGUUGGCCCUUUUGAAGUAUUUCUAGCUCCAAGCGUAUCUGGUGAACAAAAAACUGUUCUGGUCAAUGGAUUACAGAAGUUGGUUUUGCCAUUAGUGGAGGCUUUUGAGUCCAUCAACUUUGACCUGAAGUCCGAGCAUGGUAGCUACCCAACUUGGCGUGCAAAAGAUCUCUGGAAUUACAUUGUAUGCUGUGCAGGAAAGGAAGCACUACGAACCUUUGCCAGACAUAGAGAUUUUUGUCGACGCGGAAUAGAACACCGCAUCCACAUCGGGAGACCCGUUGGACGUGCUAGAUUAGACCUUCAGGGUGAGCCAUAUUCUUGUUGA